ACGAUCUUCGUGAGAUGCUGGAAUAUUGGACAGACGACGAUCUUCGUGAGAUGAUGGAAGAUUGGUUACACUUGGAACAACUUCAUUCGAGAAGCUCGAACCCUCUACGUUAUUUAAGAAGUUAUUGCAGAAGCAGGAGCCGUCAACAUUAUUUAAAGAGCACGAGCACUCAACAUCCUCAAUGUUAUUCAAGGAGCAUGAGCCGGAGCCCUCAACGUCGUUAUUCAAGGAGCAUGAGCCGGACAGAAGACAACGCAAUAACCCGGAGCCACCCUC